GGUUCGUUGCUUUCCUUUCCGUCCAUUUCUCUCUCGAAGGUGUGCAUCUCUUUCUCUUUCUCUCUGUGUUUCUUCGAGGAUUGAGGGAAAAAUUGGGGAUUUCUAGGGGGAUCUAGCUAGGGUUUGUUCGAUUUUGGGUUUAAUUGGGUGUUUUGUGGAGGAUUUGGGGUUGAUUUUGGAGAAAUGUGGGUGAUUUUUGGGAAUUGGCAGAGGAUUUUGUGAAGAAGAGGUGGGAUUGGCGCUUGAUUUGGUUAUCUGGGAGUCGGAGGGAGGAGAUCGGCGGAGAUGAGCGCGUCGAGGUUCAUAAAGUGCGUCACGGUCGGAGAUGGAGCUGUUGGGAAGACCUGCAUGCUCAUUUCUUAUACCAGCAACACCUUCCCCACGGAUUAUGUGCCCACAGUAUUCGACAAUUUUAGUGCAAAUGUUGUGGUUGAUGGUAGCACCGUGAACCUUGGCUUGUGGGAUACUGCAGGACAGGAGGAUUAUAAUCGUUUGAGACCCUUGAGCUAUCGUGGAGCUGAUGUUUUUCUGCUAGCUUUCUCCCUUAUAAGCAAGGCAAGCUAUGAGAAUGUUGCGAAGAAGUGGAUUCCUGAACUGAAGCAUUACGCCCCCGGUGUUCCCAUAAUUCUUGUUGGAACAAAACUUGAUCUUCGAGAUGAUAAGCAGUUCUUUGUCGAUCACCCGGGAGCUGUGCCCAUCACCACUGCUCAGGGAGAAGAGCUUAAGAAGGUAAUAGGCGCGCCAUACUACAUUGAAUGCAGUUCGAAAACACAGCAAAAUGUGAAGGCAGUGUUCGACGCCGCAAUUAAGGUUGUGCUUCAGCCUCCGAAGCAAAAAAAGAAGAAGAGAAAGGCACAGAAGGGAUGCUCCAUUUUGUGAUGGAAGCAACAGAAGAAAGAAAAAAGAAUGAUGCGCCACCUGCCGUCCUUGCAGCUUCUUGCUCUUUCGAAAACAAAUUAGGGCUUGGUGUGUAUAGUCAGCUGACAAAGAAGGUAGCGAGUCUGGAGCCAUCUGAUAAUUUGUUUGCCUUUUGCUGUCUGUGGUGAUCGUUUAUGGACUUUGUUUCAUCGUCGUAGCAUGACUCUCAGAAUUCACAGUGAUGUGACCAAAA